AUGUUGUUCAAAGUAUCGAGAUUAUUGGAGAAGUCCUUAUACAGGCAUGUCACCAUAAACUUAUGUUCUUUAUCUAGAAACAAUCAAACAUGUUCAUUGCAAACGUGUUGCUUUUGUCCACCUGAUGAACAACGUGAUCCAGAACCUCCUUUAGGUCGGAGAACUGACAACAAAUCUGUGAGUUACUAG